AUGAAUCCCCCUCUAGUCCCACACUCCAACAGUGGGAAAGGAAAGUCCAAGCAUUCUAAAGAAGAUACCACCGAGUCAAGCAUCAGUUGGCAGGCGGAUCUCCAACAUACCAAGAAGGUGAUUGAUUUCCUCAUCAACAAUCCAGCAGAUUGUCGCAUUCUAUUCUCUAGUGAGGGGAAAAAACCUACCAAUCCUAAUAUUGAGGGUCCUCCAUCAGGCACAGACAAGAAUGUCAUUCAUGCAGUAAUAGCAGGUGUAAUCUUUAGUGGUGACAAUGUAUAUGCAGAUCAAUAUGCUGCCAAUUGCAUCAGGUUUCGUGACUCUGUGGGUAACCAUAUAACAAUUCUCUGGAAUAAAUUCUGUGACUACCACAAUGAGUUUGAAUCAACUGGUGCAGAGAUUGUGCCCUUUAAUGUGGGUACUGCAGAAAAUCUACAUGUCAAAGUCAAGAAAGACUUCCCAUGGUAUGACGAUCUCUAUAAAAUCUGGGGCUCCAACCCAUCAUUUGCUGCCAAAACAACUUCAUUAAAGCCAGGCUCUGACUACAUGGGUGAUCCUUUUGCCCUCACCCAUCCUGGGGGCAACACUGUUUGCUCCCCCUGCAAUAUAACAUCCCUUCCAUCAGUGGUAAUGCUGGUAGUGGAACAGCCAUCCUACAAUUUAACUACCCUCCUCCUCCACAUCCUCCACCUCCACAGUUUGCCUCCUAUCAAUUUGAUGUCACCCUUCCUCACCAAAGUGAUCAACCAGGCAGCAUUGCUGGUUCUCACUCACAGUGGAAUUACAAUAUCUCUCCCCAAAGCACCCACCACAGUGCACUGGAAUUAUGGCCUCCCUCCCCAAGGUGGCUAUGCUGGUGGUGUCACUGGUUCUCUCCCCACUCUCCAAUUUAACUUUGUCCCCCCUCAACAGAAUGUUCCACCGAGUAGCACUUCAGGCUCCCCAUAA